AUGGAACGAAAAAAUAGGUUAUUGUUUUUUAUUAAAUUUGUAGCCUUUAUUAUAACUUGGAUGUACUAUUUUCAAAGUGAUUUGAGUACGUUUAACAAAUCCUUUUGUGAGAUCUACAGACUUAACGGAAAAUUAAAUGCAAGAACAUAUAGAUUACUAGCAAAAUAUAAGCAUGAUAAGAAUUCAAAUAUUGUUGAACUAAAAGAAGGAAUAUCAAAUAGUGGAAUGUGCAUAAGAAAAUAUUUUUCUAACAAUGAAAGAGAGACCAUAGGAAAAAAGAAACAAUCAAAUAGAGAUUCAUUAAAUGAUGAUGGAGUCAAAGAAGAAGCUCUGAAAAAUAAAUCUUGUAUCUUUGGAACAAAAAAAUAUUCCUAUUUUGAAAAUAAAAUAUUCAAAGAACUUGAUAAUGCUGAAUAUCUUGAAAAAAACAACAGAAUUAGCGAUAAAACAUACAAUAAAAUAAAGUUUAAAAAGAGAAGAUUACGUUUUUCUUUAGUUUUAUUAUUAUUCAUACUGAUUUUAGUGGUACCCUUAAUAGAUUUAUCCAUUUAUAAUGUUUAUGGUAAAGAGCUGUUAAGUGCAUUGGGGUUGUUGACUUUAAGUACGGGUUAUAGUGGUUAUUUUCCUGAAGUAAGUGGAUCAUUAAAAGCUCCAUUAGGCUUAAAAGAUUCGAUGUUCAGAGAAGUAAUAAGAGUUCCAACUAUUAUAAAAUAUUGUAUUCCUAUAUUAAUAAUAUUUGUCGUACUUAUGUUAAGUAUCGUUUAUUACUAUAAAAAAGUUAUGAAAUAUGAAAAAAUUAAGUUCAUGGAAAAAUUAAAAGAAUAUUAA